AUGGUCCACAUACAAGAGUCAUCAUAUAACUCUCAAAAAAAUAAUGAUAAAAUAAUAUGUAUCAGAAAAAAUGAAAACUGUAGAAUAACAUAUCAUAAUUUGUAUGAUGAAUUUUUUUCCUCAUCAGAAAGAGACAAUAACAAUGUAUAUAGAAGGUCCCAAUAUAAGGAUAAAAAAAUUAUAGAUAAUUGUUUAUAUAACUAUAAAAAUUCAUCUACAUUAAAAAGAAAAAAUAAAAAUAAAUUGAUAAAAGUAAAAACGGAAUGUGUUCAUAAUAAUAUUUUUUUCAGUGAUACUGAUUUAAAUAAUAAAAAAAAGCAUGAUGCUCAUAAUAUGAACUUUAAAUGUCACAAAGCAUAUUCAGUUGAUAAUACAUCCUUUGAUUAUAAUAAUAAUAAUAAAAAAUAUAUAUAUAAUAAUAAUAAUAAAAAAUAUAUAUAUAAUAAUAAUAAUAAAAAAUAUAUAUAUAAUAAUAAUAAAAAAUAUAUAUAUAAUAAUAAUAAAAAAUAUAUAUAUAAUAAUAAAAAAAAAUAUAUAUAUAAUAAUAAAAAAAAAUAUAUAUAUAAUAAUAAAAAAAAAAAUAUAAAUAAUAAUAAUGAUAAUAAAUUUAUUUACCUAACUAACUCGUUUCAAAAUGAUGUUAAUUCGUUUAGUCAUUAUAAAAGGAGAAAUUAUAAGAAAAAAAAAGAAAUGGACAUAAAAUAUAAAAGCAAGACAAAUGAUGAUAUAUAUAAAGAAAUGAAAAAUAUGAUAAAAAAAGAAUAUAUAAAAUUUGAUGAUAUAAAAAAGAAUCCUAACAAAUAUUAUGAUGUAUUAAAAAAUAAUAAAAAAGAUAUUUCAUUUUUAUUAUCAAAUUCUAAUGAUAAUAUAAUAUAUCGAAACAACCACAAGUCCAUAUAUAAUAAUUUAGAAAAAAUGACAGAUCCAAAAUUAGGACCUUUUGAAAAUAUGAACAAUUUAACUACUAAUAUAAAGAAUAAAAAAUAUUAUCCAAAUAUUACAAACGAAUAUGUUUCACAUAAUAAUUAUUAUAAUGAUAUUACAGAGGAUGAGGAGAACAAUAUUAUUAAAAUAAAUAUGAAUCCCAUAUAUCAUUCUACAAAUUCUUCAUAUGUUACUAGGUGUAAUCAUCUAUUCUCAGUCAAAUUAUUAUGUCAUGCUAAAUGUUAUAAUUUAAUUAAAAUAAGUCAUAUAUUUUUUUCUAAACAAAUUACAUAUAAAUGGUUUGAUAAUUACAAUAUUUUAUGUGCAUUUUUGUCACCAGAAAAAGAAGUACAUGAAUUUUAUAGUUCUGUAGAUUUUUAUAAAAUAGAAAAUUUAAAUUUAAAAAAAAAUGUAACAUCAUCGAAAAGUUGUAAAUACAUCCUUUUUAUAUUCAAGAAUGGCUCAGUAAUAAUAUGGGAAAAUUUUAAUAACCAUAAAAAAAAUCAUAAUUUUAUAAAAAAAAUACUCCUUUUCUUGAAUUCGUUUUCUGAUGAAUUAUUACCAGUAUAUCUAGAACAAGAAGAUACGAUAUUUUUUUUUCAAGGACACCAACAUAAUAAAUGGAAUGGUCAAUGUGUAACAAAUAUGAAAAAGAAUAAUAUAAUAAAAAAAAAAGCAAAAAGAAAUAAUUCUUACUUAUUUAAAAAAAAGGACAAGACAAAAAAAUGUAUACAUAUAAUAAAAAAGAAUUCUAGACAAAAUGAUAAGAAUAAUUAUAAUAAAUCAAACGAAUUAAGAGAAAUGAAAAAAAAAAAAAAAAAAAAAAAAUUAAAAAUUAAGGUUUCAUAUGAACAAAAACGUAAGAAAGAAAAUAACAUAAAUACAUUUGUAAAUAAUGGUGUUAUUUAUUUAACAAAUACAUCUUUAGAACAAAAAUUAACUGCAUCAUUUGCCUUAUCACAAUCAAUACAACUUGAUGUACAUGAAAUGAUGAUGGAUAUUGCAAUUAACACAUUAUUUAAAAUAUCCAAAGAAAUAGCUAAAAAAGGAACAUGUAUCAUAUCUAAAGAAACAAUAUCAAGAAUGAUGAAUGUAUACUCAAGCAUUAUAAAUGUAAAUGCUGUUCAAGAUUUUUUAGACAUUCCAGAAUAUUUCUGGAAUAAGGUCGAAUAUGAACACGCAUGGUUUGAGAUAUAUAAAUAUAUGGAAAUUCCGGAGCGGAUAAAAAUAUUAAACAAGAGAUAUAAUUAUUACAAGGAUUUUUUAAAGGUUAUAAAAACGGAGGUCUACAAUAAGAAAACAUUUUACACGUAUAGAAUAGUAAUGUUGUUGUUAUUUAUACAUGUAUUGGCUUUAUUAUUGAACGAUUUCCUUUUUGUAUAA